CCGGCAGGGGAUGUCGGGUAAAAGGAUGGUAUCCUCGGUGCAAAUCACUCUGGCGCCCCCAUGGCGACCCGAAGCCUCACAGAGAAAGGACCCCUCCAUCCAGCCUGAUGCCCCCAGGCAGAAUAUCCUGUUGCCCCAAGCUCCGCCCCUUUGCACAGAGGAACUGCCCUGGACUGAAAACAAACAUGGUCUGAAUGGAGUUUCUACAGAAAUUCCGACUUUCCCACAUUCCUUCCUGGAUGAGAUUCCCAGUGAGGACGACUGUCUCAGCCCAGAUCUUCCACCACCCCCGCCCCCACCCCCGGUCUUUCUGAAGAGCCCUAGGAAACCCCAACCUGAUCCUUUCCAUCCUUCGAUCAGCGACUCAUUAAGUCUAGAACUGCAGAAACUCGACUUGGCCCACCCCCCUGCACUGAAGAAACCCAGUUCCGUGCUGGCAGCGCCACCCCCUGUGCCACAGAAUAAGACAUCGGCGCCGACCAACCAACAAAGGAAGGAAGAUCCGGUGCCCAACAAACAGAACCUAAACGGGUUCCCUUUGAAGCCAGACCAUGGAACCGCAGAGACGUCCCAUCAUGCACCUCUGACCAACGAUAUCUGCGCCUUCUGCCACAAAGCAAUUCCGUCCAACACGGCAGUCAUUGAGGCAAUGAAGAAGCAAUACCAUGCCAACUGCUUCACCUGCCGCAAGUGCUGCCGCCUACUGGCCGGGCAACUGUACUACCAGAUGGAUGGGCAGCCCCUCUGUGAGCACUGCUACAAGGGAACGUUAGACAAGUGUGCCAAAUGCCAGGCACUUAUCACACAGCAUAUUGUGCGUGCCAUGGGGAAUGGGUACCACCCAGAAUGCUUCACCUGUGUGGUCUGUCACAGGAGAAUUGCAGAUGAGAGUUUUGCUGUGGAUGAGUACAAUGACGUGUACUGCGCAGACGAUUAUUACAGGAAAUUUGCCCCAAUCUGCAGCUCCUGCAGUGACCCCAUCAUCCCAAAGGAGGGGCAUGACUCCUAUAAAAUAGAGUGUCUUGGGCAUAACUACCAUGAGAGCUGCUAUCGCUGUGAGAGAUGUCACGUUGCGCUGUCCCUGGAGCCCACAGAGAGUGGCUGUUUCCCACUGAAGGACCAUUUGCUGUGCAAGCCCUGUCACUUAUCCUGGAAGGAGGAGCUUUCUUAACGGAGCCGCCAUCUGACGCUGUAACUGCCCCAGAGCAGGGGGGCCCCGGUGGCCCCAGUGGGACUAUUUCUGCUGAAUCUUUGUUCCUUUGCACAUGAGACAAUUGUUGAUUGCGGCACUCUGAUCGUAUUGGCCGGCUGGAAAAUGGGCUCUGAUCGUAUUGGCCGGCUGGAAAAUGGGCUCUGAUCGUAUUGGCUGGCUGGAAAAUGGGGGAUAAAGCAAAUGAGUGGGGUCUGUAUAGGGGCCCCCCACCCAGGAAAGCCAAAACACAUAAUAUAAUGGGGAAGCUAGUAAGGAAGGUACGUGCAAGUCAGCGUUCCCAUGAUGCUCAGUGUCUGUAGCCACAGAAUGAUGGGAUUCCCCACUGUGAAUGAACUCUCAGAUGCAACACGGUCACGCAAGGGUUAACAAGGGACUAAUGACCAAAUAUUCUCAUAUGGGGGGGCAAAUACAGCCGGAUCCUGCCCAGGGCCCCUGGGAGAUGCAUCAUGGAUAUAAGCCUAGGGCCCUCCAGCUGUACAAGUGGCAGAGCCGGGGGGCCUACAGGUUGGACCCAUAGGAUCGGACCUUCCAAUAAUAUUGAUUUGAGCGCUUCCUGUGAUUUCUGUGCCAAAAUGCAAAUACACUCCAGUUGUUGGACUGAC